AUGCCGACCCCAAAGAACAGGAAAAUUGCCAUUGUCGGCAGCCGCUCGGUUGGCAAGUCCUCCCUUGCGGUUCAGUUUGUCGACGGACACUUCGUGGACAGCUACUACCCAACCAUCGAGAACACGUUUAGCAAAACCAUCAGGUAUAAGGGCCAGGAUUUUGCAACGGAAAUUGUCGACACUGCUGGACAAGAUGAAUACAGUAUACUGAACUCGAAGCAUUUUAUUGGUAUCCAUGGCUAUAUGCUGGUGUACUCUGUUUCGUCCCUGUCAUCUUUUGAGAUGGUCCAGGUUAUCCGGGACAAGAUCUUGAACCACCUGGGAACCGACUCGGUGCCUAUUGUCAUUGUUGGCAACAAAAGCGACUUGCGACCCGACCAACGACAAGUCAGUGCCGAAGAGGCCAAGAAAGUGGCAGACAAGUUCCAAUGUGGCUGGACUGAGGCGAGCGCGCGUUAUAACGAGAACGUCAGUAAGGCUUUUGAGCUCCUAAUCGCCCAGAUCGAAAAGGCGCAGAACCCCAACGAGGCCGCCGAGGCGGGCAAGUGCUCUCUUAUGUAA